AAAUAUACUAAUCACCAGUGCUCUGCCUUACGUCAACAACGUCCCUCAUCUCGGAAACAUCAUUGGAUGUGUUCUGAGCGCUGAUGUGUACGCUAGAUAUUGUCGCCUCCGUGACUAUAACGCUAUUUAUAUAUGUGGGACUGAUGAAUAUGGGACUGCAACUGAGACUAAAGCUGUGCAGGAGAAUUGCACCCCCAAGGAAAUCUGUGACAAGUAAUGUACUUUGCCCGUUUCGGUAUCUUAUUUGUAUAUCCUUGUUCAACUUCAGCAAUAUUAAACUUCUGCCCCCAAUGAAAACAACUAUCUCCCUUGGUUUAAUCAUUUGGAUAAACCUCCAAAGCUCUUAACUGCUUGGAUGAGUGUCCUAUACCCCUCCGUAUAUUUUUAAAACCUAAAACAAAGCAACCUAUAGUAGAGGAAAUUUGAUAUCAGUUUUGACAAAUUCGGGCGAACUUCAUCUCCUCAACACACACAAGUGUGCCAAGCAAUAUUCAGUAAGCUGUGCGAAAACAAUCGUCUCUCAGAGGGCACCAUGCAGCAGCUUUACUGUGAUACGUGCAAGAAGUUCUUAGCUGACCGGCUUCUUGAAGGUUCCUGUCCAUUUGAAGGAUGUAAUUAUGAUUCUGCUCGUGGAGAUCAAUGCGAAAAUUGUGGAAAGCUCCUUAAUCCUACUGAACUCAAAGAUCCAAGGUGCAAGGUCUGCCGAACCACACCCCGAGUUCGCCAGACAGACCAUCUGUUUAUUGAGCUUCCGUCCCUGAAAGAUAAGUUGGAAGAGUAUAUUAACGAGACAUCUGUAAAUGGAUCUUGGAGUCAAAAUGCUAUUCACACAACAAAUGCAUGGCUUAGGGAAGGGCUUAAGCAGAGAUGCAUUACAAGGGAUCUUAAGUGGGGAGUUCCUGUCCCACAUGAGAAAUAUAAGGACAAAGUUUUCUACGUUUGGUUUGAUGCUCCUAUUGGAUACGUCUCAAUAACGUCAUGCUACACAUCUGAAUGGGAGAAGUGGUGGAAGAAUCCUGAGAAUGUGGAGCUUUAUCAGUUUAUGGGGAAAGACAAUGUGCCAUUUCACACUGUGAUGUUUCCCUCUACCCAGCUUGGAACUGGGGAAAGUUGGACACUAAUGAAGACAAUCAGUGUGACUGAAUAUUUAAAUUAUGAAGGCGGAAAGUUUUCCAAGAGUAAAGGUGUUGGAGUGUUUGGUAAUGAUGUAAAAGAUACAGAUAUCCCUGUCGAAGUAUGGAGAUACUACUUGCUGACCAGCAGGCCUGAGGUGUCUGACACAUCGUUUUCAUGGGAAGAUUUGCAAGCAAAACUGAAUGGUGAGCUGGUGAGCAGCCUAGGAAACUUUGUUAAUCGGGUUCUGAGUUUCAUAGCAAGACCUGAAAAUGCAGGUUAUGGGUCUGUCAUUCCUGAUGCUCCUGGUGCUGAAUCUCAUCAUCUAACGAUGUUGCUGGCUGAAAAGGUUGGAAAUUUGGUGGAGGAGUAUGUAGAAGCCAUGGAAAAGGUUAAACUCAAGCAAGGGCUGAAAACUGCUAUGCUCCUUUCAGGUGAAGGGAACAGAUACUUGCAGGAAAACCAAUUUUGGAAACUUUACAGGGAAGAUAAACCUUCUUGUGCAGUUGUUAUAAGAACUGCUGCUGGAUUAGUACACCUUCUUGCACAAUUGUUAGAACCUUUCAUGCCAUCCUUUUCCCGUGAGGUAUUUAAACAGCUAAAUUUGCCUCCACACUUUUCUCUCUCUGAACAGAGAGGAGAUGUGUUAGCAGCAAGUAGGCCUUGGGAGAUUAUGCCUCCCAGCCACAUGAUAGGCACCCCUCAACCGUUGUUCAAGAAAAUGAAAGAUGAAGAAGUGCAACAGUACAAAGAAAAAUUUGCGGGAAGUCAGGCCGAUAGAUGUGCUAGGGAUGCAGCAGCUCAUAGAGGUGCAAGGAGGCGUGAAGCCCGUACUCGAAGAGAUGCAGAAGCGUCAGGAGCUAGAGAUGCAGAAGCAGAAGAAAAUUUGCUGGAACAACUGAGGAGAGAACGAUUGGCAUACGAGGAACGUAGGAGGGUCCGAUGGGAAUUGAAUGGAUAUCAUCUACCAACGUAUGCGGUUGAACAAUCCAUACAGCGUAGCUGUACCGAACCCGAAACUCCAAGUCAGACAAUCCAAAUUGAUGGAUGGCCUCCGGAGACGAGUUUGUUCUCCAGGAGACGGCAUUUCACAGCCUCCACGAGUUCUGUAUGAGCCGAAGAGCUGUACCGAAACUCCAAGUCAAACUACCACUGAUGGUCCCUGCCUUGACCUACUAGCCAAUCCUUGAAAUCCCACUUUUUCUUUAUAAUGGUUAACUUUUGUUUUCAUGAUUCUGGUCCAUAUGAAUUAGGCCCAUUAUAACAUGUAUGAGUGGUACAAGUGACAUGUAAACAUAUCUCUCUAUUACAACAUAUUAUGGCUUUCUUCAAUUUGAAGGUUUGUUUGAUGUUUU